AGAACUAGAGACAUAUUUGCUUCAACAAACUGCUCUGAGAAUUAAGAUAAAUUGCUUAGGAGCCAUUUCUCACUCUUUUCUAGUUUUAUUUUAACUUUUAUAAAAGUCUGGUUGAUUUGAUUAGGAUAGGCAGAAAGACACUCGGUAUUCGGUAUCUUCAGCAUGACUUUCUGGUUGCUCUAGACACACCCCACCCUUGUUUUUUUUUCUCCUGCCAACCUUCUUUUUCCUCUUUCAGUUUUGUUGUAAUACAGAUCUGACAGAUCCUACACCGCAGACAUGAAGUGUGACAAAAAGACCUGUUUUGCUGAGGUGUAGAUCCCAUGGAUUAACCAAAAAAAGUAAGAGGAAGAAAAUUGGAUAAAAAGUCACCUGUGUGUCUGCCCCAAAGUUCUUCCAGUGUUGAGGGUUCUGGUGCAGAGUGGUGUAUGUGGGGAGUCUCUGGAGAGGCAGGAGAGUGCCCAUCAAUCUGAGUUCUCCCUCUGUCUUCUAUUGCACCAUGACCACUGCAGUCCAGCCCAACGAGCUUGUCUUCGAGUUUGCAAGUAAUGGCAUGGAUGAAAUCAACCAGCUGGAUGACCCAUCUGUGUUUCCAGCGGUAAUUGUGGAGCAGGUGCCUACUGCUGACCUCAUGCAUGUGUACUCAGGGCUGGAGGCUGAUGAAGUCACUAAUGGCAUCUUGGUGGACACCAUGCAGGACGCAGUUGAGGACAAUAUUAUAGUGGGCGAUGUAGGGCUGUCUGUAGAGACUCCAGUCUCUGGAGGAGAAGAUAAUAUAGAGACCAUUGAAGCAGCAGAGGCUUUGUUGAAUAUGGAGUCUCCCAACAACAUCCUGGAUGAGAAACGGAUGAUUCACACAUAUGGAGCGCUGCUGGAACCAGAUCUGACCUACAUAUCUUUGCGGCCGGAGCAACUUUCUGCUGAUUGCAUGGAUGUCUCCCUGGAUGAAGAAACAUCAUCUAUGGAUGAGAUUGCUCAAAAGAGUCCAUCCAAACAACCUAGGAAAAAUAAAGUACGCAAACCUAGGGUGGUGCGCCCUUGUUCCCCUAUAACCAACCCCACUCUCCCUCUGAAGAAAAAGACAAAAGAAGGAAAAGGUAACACAAUUUACCUGUGGGAGUUUUUGCUUGCUUUGCUGCAAGACAAAAACACAUGUCCCAAAUACAUCAAGUGGACGCAGAGAGAGAAGGGCAUCUUUAAGCUGGUGGACUCAAAGGCUGUGUCCAAACUGUGGGGAAAGCAUAAGAACAAGCCUGAUAUGAACUAUGAGACCAUGGGAAGAGCUCUAAGGUAUUACUACCAGAGGGGCAUUCUGGCCAAAGUUGAAGGUCAAAGGCUUGUAUACCAAUUUAAGGAGAUGCCCACAGACCUGGUGGUUAUUGAUGAAGAUGAUGGGCAGUGUGGAGACUCCAACCCUGGGUUUGGUGGCCAGCGCUCCAACUGCCACAGUCGUUUUAUGAGCCGUGCAACAUUGCGUACGCAGGGCAAAGGGUCAGGUCAUACACAAGCCAAGACAAUAAAAAGGGAAUCUGGGGCCAGUGUACUUCACCAGACUGCCAAAUGCAAGCAAAGUGAGCAGCUGCUGCAGACUGUACAUGUUCUGCAGCCAAACCAGGGAGCUGCUGUUCCUUCUCCUGCACAAACACUGAGAGCCAUUAACAUGCCUGCCACUGUUCCCAUGGUCCUUACAUCUGGAUCACAUGGAGGACCACCAGUCACAUUACAAACAGUGCCUCUGUCCUCUGUACUGGCCAACAGUGACUCUCUGAAUAGUCUGACUCAUGUGGUUACAGUCAAUGCCAAUGGGCAACCUGUAGUAGCUCAGCAGCCUGGUACUGUCAUUGCUACUGUGCUGAAGCCUGGUGAGCUUCAGAACCUCCAGGUAAAAGAGGAGAUACUGGAGCCACAAUUUCUGCAGUCACUGGUCAAUGGCAACCCUUUCUGCAAGGAGGAGACAGAAGGAGAGUCAAUUGAGAUUGGCCAUAGGACUGUGAUUGUUGGUGUCACUAGCCAGGGUAUGUGCCAACUUUCUAAUGGACACUCAAAGUCAGGGGCAGAGGUGGAGAGCAGCCCUAGUGAAGGGCUAACCCCAGUAGAAGAGCUGGAAGUGAAGAGCGAAAUUGCCGGAGCCAAAGCAUUGUUAGAAUGCCCGCAAAUGCCGGUUGCAGUGCAAAUACCCACUUCCCAAUUCAUACAGGUGAAAACGGAGAUCUCUGAGACCUAAAAAUUUACCAUGGUCAGGAGACCACAACCUAUGCUAAUAAUUCAGUGCAAGUCACCUGAGGACUGUUUGUUCACAAUAUUUUGAUACUGUGCCUAAAUUUGAAUAUUAAAUGAUAUAUAUAUUAGAUGAUAUAUAUAAAAGAAAGAUCUACAGACAGGUUUCGGGCAUCACCUUCCAUCUAAUAUGCAAUCCUUCAACCAGAAACCAAGCAUUUAAUGCUCCAGGGAUUUGUUUUGCCAUAUGCCAGUUUCUUAAUAUGUUUCAUCUUGUUGUACCUAUGUACCUACCUAUGUGUUUUUUUAACAUAUCCUCCUAAAAACAGAGCCAAACAGCGCACUGUAGUGUUGACAGACAGCUGCUAUGGAGUGAAAGCAAACCAAUAGAUAGUUGGCUUAACAAUAUUUUCACUUAAAAUGCGUGAAGUAUUUGCCUGUGUUAUUGGUGUCCAGACUGAAAGAGUGCCUUCUAUAACCGGCACAAAUUAUUAAAAUUAUUUUUAUAUAUUUAAUUAGAUGUGAGAAUACGCCAGUGGAAAAAAAUGUUGUGGACUACAAAACGACAAAGCUGAGAUCAGGUAAUUUUUAACUGAUAUUGCAAAGAUUCUUUAGCGACUUAUUGUGUUACUGUGUAAAUGGACAUUUCCUAUAAUAAGAGAAGGUUUAUUUAGACAUGCCUUAAUAUAUUUACUGAAUACAGCGACAGUACAAUGGCAAAUACUUUAAUAAUCUGCUUUAGAAGCAGAGUAUUUCCUAAUUAUUCCUUAAUCAAUGUUUAUAUAAGUUAAAUGCCAUGUAUGAGAGAAUAUACAUUAUAUAAAUAUAGAAGAUAUACAGUUGAGCUUUGGUUUUUGGCCACAUUUAUUUAUUUUCUAAAUUUCUAAAGUCUGUAUAAAAAGUUAAAUUUUUUUACUAUAAUAAACAUUGGGAACAAGUUGUUUUAAUCUCUGUUAGCUCUAUGUUCAAACCAUUCCACAUACCUGGCACCCAUUGUAUAGUAUAAGUAAUAAGUAUUUGUAAAAUAAGGGUAACAUAAUUUUACAUAAUAAGCUUUAUAAGAUUCUUUUCUGCCUUGGUAUCUACUGUGAUGUUUUUAAAGUCUUUAUUUUUACAAAUCUUAUUUGUUUCAUUUUCUAAUUUUAAUCUGUCAUACUCUUACUCCAUCAAAGCAAGGCAAAUGACUGUGUUUGCACCUAGUAAUUUUCAGAUGGAUUAUAUGCCGAUGAAAAUUAUAAAUAAAUAAAUACAUGCACCCAUAA